CGUCAAGUUUUCGUCAAGGCCAAAAGAAAGCCCAUUAUUUUUUUCGACCAUUCGAGUUAUAUUUGAUGCGAGCUUGUCCCGAAUCCCUUGUCGGACUCGGGACGGGUUUUCUCAUUCUUAGAGGAGAAGGUAGAGACAAGAAGNUGGACGCCCGGGGACCUCCGAACUCGAAUUCCGUGUCCGGCCACCUGAAGAAUCACCGGAAACAGAGCAGCCAGAUGUCGAUUUCGGACACGGACUCGCAGAUGGAGACCUUCCACUCCCCUCUCCGAUCCGAAUCGCCCUUCCGCUCCGACGACCCGAUUCCGGAGCCGAACUCGAUUCCUCCUCCGUCCAAAGCGAUUGUCUCCGUCGAUAAGUACUAUUCCCCUCAGAGAUCCCCCGCCAAGGUUCCGCCGCCGCGGCCGCCGCCGCAGCGGCAAUUCGACCCCCCCUCUACUCUGAGGGUUUACCGGAGCGGAUCCUCGGUGGAGCGAUCGACCACGAAGGUCGGCCGCGACAGGGACGUCGAGGACGGCGCGGCGGUGACGGGAGGCGUACGGAGAUCCGGAUUGCAACCUGAUUCCGCUCCGCCGCCGUAUCGAUCGCUCGACGGGGCGGCGCUAGGGUUUAGGGUUUGCGAGGCGGUGUUUUGCGCGAUUUCCUUCUCCGUCAUGGCGGCCGAUAAAACCAAAGGCUGGAGCGGCGACUCUUGGGAUCGAUACAAAGAGUACAGGUAUUGUUUGGCAGUGAAUGUAAUUGGAUUUGUAUAUUCUGGGUUUCAAGGCUUGAUUUUGUCUUACCGCUUGGCCACAAAAUCAUUCACCUCUCCUGCUCUGGGUUAUCAUUUUGAUUUUGUGAUGGACCAGGUGUUGGCUUACCUUUUGAUGUCGUCGUCCUCGUCCGCGGCAACAAGGGUACAAGAUUGGGUAUCAAAUUGGGGAAAUGACGAAUUCACCAAAAUGGCGAGCGCCUCCAUCGCAAUGUCCUUCCUAGCCUUUGCCGCCUUCGCCUUGAGCUCUCUCGUCUCCGGUUACUCUCUUUGCCGCCGCAAAAACAUCUGAAGGCCACGCUCGCUUCAGUACCAAGUCUCUCCCUCGGCCCCGUUUGAAUUUUCUAAUUUCGACUCUUCCAUUUCAAGUUAUUAAACUUUGACCAUUGGUAUAUUUUUAUGAAAAAAAAAUUAUAGGUAUAUAAAGAAUAUAUAAUUCUUUCUUUUUUCACAAUAUUUUUCUCUAAAAAACUAAAAUAUGCCAAUUAAAACCUUUAGUCAAAGUCAACAUGUUUAGUAGGGAAAGUUGAACUUGGAAAACUCCAAUGGGGAAGAAGGAGAGUAUUGUUUGUUACUUUGAUUUUUAUUUUUCACUCCACUAUGACGGAUGAAGUUGUACAAAUGUAGUUAGAGAUUGUUAUCAUUUUCGAGUUUGGAAGAAGUGUCUUUUUGACACAUUACCUAUUAAUUUGAGAUGAAUGGAAUAUAUUCAGAGUAUAUUU